UUCCUUGCCUUUUGCAGAUAAAAUAAGGAGGAAAGGACAGACAGUAAUGGAGUAUAUGAGCACCAACAGUGACAAUAAAGAGGAAAUUGACUUGUUGCUAAGAGAUUUAAAUAUGUCUGAAGUCAUUGACAUCAUGGAGAACCUUUACCCAAUCAGGGACCUGGCAGUUUAUGAAGACAGCCUCAUCUCUCUGUGUCCAGAGGAUAAUAAGAAUGAGGACCGCACGGACUCCUUGCUGUUCAGCGGAAGGGAAGUUUCCCUGUUGUCGUCUGUCAAGUAUGGAACUGUGGAAGACUUGCUUGCUUUUGCAAAUCAAGUAUCCAAUGCCACAAAGCAGUUUGGCCGGCUCCGAAGACAGGAAUCCGGGAUCAUAUUAAAUAUGAUCAGUCCUAAAAACGGGCGCUACCAAAUUGACUCAGAUGUGCUCCUGUGUCCAUGGAAGCUAACCUAUAGAAAUAUUGGUUCUGACUUCAUUCCACGAGGAGCUUUUGGGAAAGUCUACUUGGCCCAGGAUAGAGAAACCAAAAAACGAAUGGCUUGCAAAUUGGUACCAGUGGAACAGUUUAAGCCAUCGGAUGUUGAGAUCCAGGCCUGCUUCCGCCAUGAGAACAUUGCAGAGCUUUAUGGAGCCAUCUUGUGGGAUGAGACUAUCCAUCUUUUCAUGGAGGCAGGAGAAGGCGGCUCCGUCCUGGAGAAGGUGGAAAGCUGUGGACCGAUGAGAGAGUUUGAGAUCAUUUGGGUGACAAAACACAUCCUCAAAGGACUCGAGUUUCUUCACUCAAAGGGAGUUAUACAUCAAGACAUUAAAUCAAGCAACAUUGUUUUCAUGUCAACCAAAGCAGUUCUGGUGGAUUUUGGUCUCAGUGUUCAAAUGACAGAAGACAUUUACUAUCCUAAAGACCUCCGAGGAACAGAGAUUUACAUGAGCCCAGAAGUGAUUCUCUGCCGGGGCCACACUACCAAAGCUGACAUCUACAGCCUGGGAGCAACCAUUAUUCACAUGCAGACUGGCAGCCCUCCUUGGGUGAAUCGAUAUCCUCGUGCUGCGUACCCAUCUUAUCUUUAUAUAAUACAUAAGCAAGCACCACCGUUGGAAGACAUUGCGGAAGACUGCAGUGCAAGCCUAAGAAGAUUUCUGGAGGCCGCUCUGGAAAGGAACCCAAACCAGAGGCCUUCUGCUAAGGAGCUUCUGAAGCAUGAGGCGUUGCAUCCGCCCAGGGAGGAGCAGCCUCGGUGCCAGAGUCUGGACUCGGCCUUGUUUGAAAGGAAAAGACUGCUGACCAGGAAGGAGCUGGAAUUGCCAGAGAACAUUGCUGAUUCUUCAUCUCUUGGGAUUUCUGAGGAAUCGGAACUGCUGAAGAGACAACGAUCACUCUACAUAGACUUUGGGGCACUAGCUGGCUACUUCAACAUGGUCCAGGGAUCAACGACCCUAGAUUAUGAAUAAAUCCAGGGAUCUCUUACCUUGGGCUGAAUUCCUCCUGUAGACACAAGAAAAGAGUGGAGUUUUGAAGGAUUUUAUAAAACUAAAUGAAGAUACAGUUAGCACUAAUGAAAAACCAAUAACAGAAGGUUACUCUUUGGAGUAAAAUAUUGCUCUUUAGAGACUUGGCAAAGACCCAUCAUGGGAAUACUGUUCGUUGUGUGGAAGUAUAAAAAUACAUGCAUGCACUUUUUCUAAAAAGAGUAAAAGACUUGAAUGGGGGGGGUGGGGUCAGAAUAGCCUAUGCUUGCCCCCUCCUCCCCGCAGAUGUUGCUGUAGGCCAUACUGAAUGCCACUAAUAAUUAAUAAAGUGUAUAUGGGAUUGGCUUAAGGGGUUGUAUCUAAACAGCAUCUGCUUUUGAUAAAACAGAGGUAAUAGGGAUAGCCCGACUGUGUUUCCUCCGUGUUGCAGACUUGUUACCUGACUCUCCUAUAAAUUUAUAAAUAUAAGCUCCUGAGUUAUAGCACUGGAUGAGUUUCUCUACAUUGCUAGUUGUUGGGGUCCAUGUUCCUUCCUGGAUUGCCAAUUUUUGGAUGGGCCCAGAAGCAGAUUAGUGACCCACAAAAUGGCAUCACCUGAGCAUCUGUGUUCUCCACCCAACCACCCACUUGUUUUGUUGAUUGAUUUGGAUACCAAAGAAGGCAACUCCCUACUUUUUUCGAUAGUCUUUAUGUCCCCUCCCUUGGGUUUCUCAGUGUUCUUCUCAAGUUCUGUUGGUACUGGUCCUUUGAUCUUCCAGCAUUUAGGCUGAAUGAGAAAACACACCCUACCAACUUGGGUAGAGCAUCAGGUCAAAAUAAUAACCAAUGAUUAGUCCAUGUAAGAAUAUGCAAGAUUUUUUUUUUAAAUGACAAUAACUAUGACAGUGUAUUGAGAACCUUAAUAUAUAGGCUAGGACAGGAGUCCCUAAUCUUGUCAAGCCUGUGCACACUUUUUGGAAUUUAGAGGAAUGGUAAUGAGCACCACCACAAAAUGGAUGUCGUGAAGGGCAUUAACAACAGGUUAGGAGGUUUAAAGCCAAGCAUUGUCCCAAAUAAGAACAGUUAUUUCUGAAUUGGUACUUCUAAGGUGAUGCAUGAUGUCUUCUGAGGUACCUUGUGCUCCAGUGCUGUGGAGGAAAGCCGGUAUUGACUCUUUAGUUUGGGAAGAAACAAGCAGACCUUAGGAAACAAAUUAUCAGGCACCAUGUUGGGUAUCACUGGACUAGGACAUCCUAAGGAGUCUCUAUGCCUUAUUAAGUUUCCUUCACUGACUGGAUGAGUCCGCUUAUUUUUACAGCAGAUUCUUAGGAUGGGAAACAAGCAGAAAAAAUUCAUUGUAACUAAGGGUGUUUGCUUAAAGCUUGUACACUUUAGGCUGCUACCCAGAAACCACUGCAUACAUGUAUUUUGACUGGGCCUGCCUUGGAUGCAGUUUUCAGGAAAGUUUGCUUAUACAAGCCUAACCACAAUGAAUGGGAGCUGCACAAGAGCAUAAAAUACGUGCAAGUAUUCUAAUUCAAGUGGUUUAAAGAUCACAAAAAAUAGUAACUGUCAGUAUGAGCCAUUUGAAGUGUAAUGUUUAUAUUAAGAUAUUGUGCAAUGCUGGGGAAUUUAUGCCAGUUCUGAUGGUGGCUUAAGCUUAUAACUGUGAGACCACAGGUUUAAGAUAAACAUGUAUUAGAAUGUCAUGAAUGAUAGAUUAUUUUAUGUUCCUAUGGAAACAGACUUCCUUUUCUCUUAAAGAUGUUGUAUACAUUUAAAACAUGAUGUUUUGGAUGGCAGUAAAACUGUUUCAAGAACAUACUGUUGUACAUCCCAUGGGAUGAAUAUAUAAAACUUUUAUAAAACUUUUCAGUACUGAUUAAUAUCUCUUUAAGCAUUUUCUUUUUAAGGUGGCAUACUAUGUAUGUUAUAAAUAGAACUCUCCAUAAAACAACAUCCUUCUUUUAAAGUGUAAAUGUAAAAACGUUUGUAUACAUAUGAUCUUUGUAUUUAAUAUCUUCCCUGUUUGCAAAUAGCACUGGUUUAACUAUUUGAAGGAAUAAAUCUAUGUGCAUCUUA